AUGGCGUUCAUGUUCAAGCCACCAGAGCAGCGGAAGCGCAAUGAGAAGUCUCCGAGAUUGUCGCUGCCGUCGACGUUAAUUGGUAGUGCUACCCCUGCGGGCGACGAACACGCAUCAGGAGCGAUGGGCAACUCAAUUGGGUCGGAUCUACACAGGGAGCAGAAACUGCGUGGACUUGGGCAAUCUGUACAGAUAGCAGAACAGCUAUCUGCUGGAUCUACGGAUACUGCGGGGUCGGACGUUCUCUCGCAGCACGCGCCAUCUAGCGCAUCGUCGCAGACCUCGAAGGUCCUUCCCCGGCGGCCUGUGCCGCCGGGGAUGCCUGCGCUGGCGUUUCUGUCGAAGCACCCGUACGCACAGCAGGUGACGGGGCCGCUGCCCACGACGAGCGGAGAGAAGGCGGGAAGUCACUCAGGUGCAACCACGCUGUCCGCGGGGCCAACCAGGCCUCCGCUGCCCAAGUUGCCGUACCUGCACGUGGAGCCGAAGCUGCCCUGCGAGGAGCUGCCGUACUCUGCGCUGCACGCGGGCUCGAGCUCAUCCAGCAACAUACAUUCCCCGUCGCGCGCAUUGCAGGAGAUGCGGUUAAUCUCUGCUGGCAGUACUCCGGUUGAGCCGGUGCCCCCGGCGGCGACUGUACCGCCAUGCAAAGACGUGGACGAAUUGGAGGAAGAGAUGUGGACGCAUGUGCACCUGAAAGACCAGAUAGAAGAGCUUGGCGUGCUGGGCGAGGGCGCGGGCGGAUCAGUCACGAAGUGCAAACUUAGGCACGGUUCCAAAAUCUUCGCGCUCAAAACUAUAACCACGCUGACCACGGACCAGGAGAGCCAGAAGCAGAUAUUCCGCGAGCUGCAGUUCAACAAGAGCUGCAAGUCUGACUACAUCGUGCGCUACUACGGCAUGUUUACCGACGAGGAGCACUCCUCGAUAUACAUCGCCAUGGAAUACAUGGGCGGGAGGUCGCUGGACGCCAUCUACAAACACCUACUAAAACACGGCGGCAGGGUCGGCGAGAAGGUGCUCGGCAAGAUCGCCGAAAGCGUGCUGCGCGGCCUGUCGUACCUCCACCAGCGCAAAAUCAUCCACCGCGACAUCAAGCCCCAAAACAUUCUCCUCAACGAGGCAGGCCAGGUGAAGCUCUGCGACUUCGGCGUGAGCGGCGAGGCUGUCAACUCGCUCGCCACUACGUUUACUGGCACCUCGUACUACAUGGCGCCGGAGCGCAUCCAGGGCCAGCCUUACAGCGUCACCAGCGACGUCUGGUCGCUGGGCCUCACCCUGCUGGAGGUAGCCCAGGCCCACUUCCCCUUCGACUCCGGCAAAUUCGCAGCCAACAUGCCGCCCAUAGAAUUGCUUAUGCUGAUCCUCACCUUCACGCCGCAGCUCAAAGAUGAACCCGAGGCGAACAUCGUGUGGAGCAAGGCCUUCAAGUCAUUCAUCAGCUACUGUCUCAAGAAGGAGUCGCGCGAGCGGCCCUCGCCCAGGCAGAUGCUGCGCCACCCCUGGAUACAGGGGCAGAUGAAAAAGCGUGUCAAUAUGGAGAAGUUCAUCUACAAGUGCUGGCAGGCCAGGUGA